UCCUCUGCAACCCUGCGAACAGGACAUCGCCAGAGGAAAAGUGCAAAAGGACCGCAGGUAGUGGCAUCACUGCUGCCAGCAUGUCCGGCACGUCUACGGUGCUGCAGCAGUUUGUGAGUGGCCUCAAGAGUCGAAAUGAGGACACGCGAGCCAAAGCUGCUAAGGACCUCCAGCAUUAUGUCACCACCGAGCUGAGAGAACUGAGCCAAGAUGAAGCCACCACUUUCUAUGAUGAGCUGAACCACCACAUAUUUGAGCUGGUGUCCAGCUCAGACGUGAAUGAGAAAAAAGGCGGUAUCCUUGCCAUUGUGAGCCUCAUUGGAGUGGAGGGCGGCAAUGCCACAAGAAUCACCCGUUUCGCCAACUAUUUACGCAACCUGCUUCCCUCCAGUGAUUCUGUGGUCAUGGAGAUGGCCUCCAAGGCCAUGGGCCACCUCUCCAUGGCAGGGGACACGUUCACUGCUGAGUAUGUGGAGUUUGAGGUGAAGAGGGCACUGGAGUGGCUUGGAGCCGACCGCAACGAGGGACGCCGUCAUGCAGCGGUGCUUGUGUUGCGGGAGCUGGCCGUCAGCGCGCCCACCUUCUUCUUCCAGCAGGUGCAGCCAUUCUUCGACAACAUCUUCUAUGCGGUGUGGGACUCCAAGCAGGCCAUCCGCGAGGGUGCCGUGUCGGCGCUGCGGGCUUGCCUUAUCCUCACCACCCAGAGGGAGACCAAGGAGAUGCAGAAACCUCAGUGGUACAAGCAAACUUUUGAAGAGGCAGAGAAAGGGUUUGACGAGACACUGGCCAGAGAGAGAGGCAUGAACAGGGAUGACAGGGUGCAUGGCGCUCUGCUUAUACUGAAUGAGUUGGUCCGCAUCAGCAGCAUGGAAGGAGAGCGUAUGCGUGAGGAGAUGGACGAGAUCACGCAACAGCAGCUCGUCCACGACAAGUACUGCAAGGAGCUGAUGGGCUUCGGUACCAAGCCGCGCCACAUCACGCCCUUCACCAGCUUCCAGUCGGUGCAGGCGCCACAGUCCAAUGCCCUGCUGGGGCUGCUGGGCUACAGCGGCCCCCAGGGCUUCCUCGGCUUCGGCGCCGCGCCCGCCCCCUCCAAGAGCACACUGGUGGAGAGCCGCUACUGCCGCGAGCUCAUGGAGGAGCGCUUCGACCAGGUGUGCCGCUGGGUGCUGAAGUACAGGACGACUAAAAGUCCUCUCAUCCAGAUGACCAUUCUCAACCUGCUGCCACGCCUUGCUGCCUUCCAACCAAAUAUUUUCACUGAUCAGUAUUUGUCGGACACAAUGGGCCACCUGCUGGGCUGUCUGAAGAAGGAGAAGGAGCGCACAGCUGCCUUCCAGGCCCUCGGGCUGCUGGUGGUGGCCGUGAGGACCGAGAUCCGGCCCUACCUCGCCAAGAUCCUGGAGAUCAUAAAAGCAGCACUACCACCGAAAGAUUUUGCACACAAGAGACAGAAGACCAUGCAGGUAGAUGCCACAGUCUUCACCUGUAUUAGCAUGCUGUCUAGAGCCAUGGGACCCAACAUUCAGCAAGAUAUCAAAGAGCUCCUGGAACCAAUGUUAGCAGUUGGACUUAGUCCAGCACUGACGGCCGUGCUGUACGACCUGAGCCGGCAGAUCCCCCAGCUGAAGAAGGACAUCCAGGACGGGCUGCUGAAAAUGCUGUCCCUGGUGCUGAUGCACAAGCCGCUACGGCACCCUGGCAUGCCCAAGGGCCUGGCGCACCAGCUGGCCUCGCCCAGCCUCACCAACAUCCCCGAGGCCAGCGACGUGGGCAGCAUCACCCUGGCCCUGCGCACCCUGGGAAGCUUCGAGUUCGAGGGUCACUCCCUGACGCAGUUUGUGCGCCACUGUGCCGACCACUUCCUGAGCAGCGAGCACAAGGAGAUCCGCAUGGAGGCGGCGCGCACCUGCUCGCGCCUGCUCACACCUUCCAUCCACCUGAUCAGUGGCCACGGACACGUGGUCAGCCAGACGGCCGUGCAGGUGGUGGCCGACGUCCUCAGCAAGCUGCUGGUGGUGGGCAUCACUGACCCAGAUCCCGACAUCCGUUACUGUGUCCUGGCAUCUCUGGACGAACGCUUCGACGGCCACCUGGCGCAGGCAGAGAACCUGCAGGCCCUGUUCGUGGCACUGAACGACGAGGUGUUUGAGAUCCGCGAGCUGGCCAUCUGCACCAUCGGCCGCCUAAGCAGCAUGAACCCGGCCUUCGUCAUGCCCUUCCUGCGCAAGAUGCUCAUUCAGAUCCUGACUGAGCUGGAGCACAGCGGCGUGGGCCGGAACAAGGAGCAGAGCGCCCGCAUGCUCGGACACCUGGUGUCCAAUGCCCCACGGCUCAUCAGACCCUACAUGGAGCCAAUUCUCAAGGCCCUGAUCCUGAAGCUGAAAGACCCAGACCCCAACCCUGCUGUAGUUAUCAGCGUCCUAGCCACCAUUGGGGAACUGGCCCAGGUGAGUGGGCUGGAGAUGAGAAAGUGGAUGGAUGAGCUUUUCCCCAUCAUCAUGGACAUGCUUCAGGACUCGUCCUCAUUAGCUAAAAGACAGGUGGCGCUGUGGACUUUGGGCCAGCAGGUGGCCAGUACAGGCUAUGUGGUGGAGCCCUACAGGAAGUACCCCUCUCUGCUAGAGGUGCUUCUCAACUUCUUGAAAACAGAGCAGAACCAGGGCAUCAGGCGUGAGGCCAUUCGUGUUCUUGGCCUCCUUGGUGCUCUGGAUCCCUACAAACACAAGGUCAACAUUGGCAUGAUUGACCAAUCCCGUGACGCUUCUGCUGUCAGCUUAUCAGAAUCCAAAUCAAGCCAAGACUCAGCUGACUACAGCACCAGCGAGAUGCUGGUGAACAUGGGCAACCUGCCCCUGGACGAGUUCUACCCGGCCGUGGCCAUCGUGACGCUGAUGCGCAUCCUGCGCGACCCCUCGCUUUCCAACCACCACACCAUGGUGGUGCAGGCCGUCACCUUCAUCUUCAAGUCUCUGGGCCUCAAGUGCGUUCAGUUCCUGCCCCAGGUCAUGCCCACAUUCCUCAAUGUUAUCCGAGUGUGUGAUGCCAGCAUAAGAGAGUUUCUCUUCCAGCAGAUGGGGAUGGUGGUUUGCUUCGUUAAGAUCCACAUCCGUCCCUACAUGGAUGACAUCUUCACCCUGAUUCGAGAGUACUGGACCCCAAACAACCCCAUGCAGAACACCAUCAUCCUGCUCAUCGAGCAGAUAGUGGUAGCUCUGGGAGGGGAGUUCAAGUUGUAUCUGCCCCAGCUGAUCCCGCACAUGCUACGUGUCUUCAUGCAUGACAACAGCCCUGGACGCAGCGUAACCAUCAAGCUGCUCUUGGCCAUACAACAGUUUGGCGCCAACCUCGAUGAUUACCUCCACCUGCUGCUGCCUCCCAUCGUCAAGCUGUUUGAUGCCCCGGAUGUCCCUCUCCAGGCUCGCAAGGUUGCAUUGGAGACUUUGGAUCGCCUGACCGAGUCCCUGGACUUCACUGACUAUGCCUCCAGAAUCAUCCACCCCAUCGUGCGCACUCUAGACGGAACGCCUGAGCUUCGAGGCACUGCCAUGGACACCUUGUCCUCCUUGGUCUUCCAGCUUGGCAAAAAGUACCAGAUCUUUAUUCCCAUGGUGCACAAAGUAAUGGUGAAGCACAGGAUCAGCCACCAGCGCUACGAAGUCCUCAUCUGUCGCGUCGUCAAGGGUUAUACCCUUGCCGACGAGGAAGAAGACUCUCAGAUUUUCCAGCAUCGCCAGUCACGUAGUAACCAAGGCGACACACUGGUCAGUGGCCCAGUGGAGUCGGGUCCGAUGAAGAAGCUGCAUGUCAGCACAACUGCACUUCAGAAGGCGUGGGGGGCGGCCAGGAAGGUGUCAAAGGACGACUGGCUGGAAUGGCUGCGGCGUCUCAGUGUGGUUCUGCUGAAGGAGUCCUCCUCCCCGGCCCUGCGUUCCUGCUGGUCACUUGCCCAGACCUACAUUCCACUUGCCAGGGAUCUGUUUAAUGCUGCGUUCCUGUCAUGCUGGUCGGAGCUAAGCGAGGACCAGCAGGACGAGCUGAUCCGCAGCAUCGAGCUGGCGCUCACAUCUCAGGACAUUGCUGAGGUCACGCAGACCCUGCUCAACCUGGCCGAGUUCAUGGAGCACAGCGACAAGGGGCCACUUCCUUUAAGGGAUGACAAUGGAAUCGUUCUUCUCGGGGAAAGAGCUGCUAAAUGCCGUGCAUAUGCCAAGGCCCUGCACUAUAAGGAGCUAGAGUUCCAGAAAGGCCCGUCUCCCCUUAUCCUGGAAUCUCUCAUUAGCAUCAACAACAAGCUGCAGCAGCCAGAGGCCGCAUCAGGGGUGCUGGAGUACGCCAUGAAGCACUUCGGCGAGCUGGAGAUCCAGGCCACAUGGUAUGAAAAGCUGCACGAAUGGGAAGAUGCUCUUGUCGCCUAUGAUAAGAAGAUUGACAUGAACAAGGAGGACCCAGAGCUUAUUCUGGGCCGCAUGCGCUGUUUAGAGGCUUUGGGUGAAUGGGGUCAGCUCCACCAGCAGUGCUGUGAGGAGUGGACUCUGGUCAGUGAGGAGACGCAGGCUAAGAUGGCACGCAUGGCAGCAGCUGCAGCCUGGGGCCUGGGGCACUGGGACAGUAUGGAGGAGUACACCUGUAUGAUCCCCAGAGACACUCAUGAUGGUGCGUUCUACAGGGCGGUGCUUGCUUUGCACCAGGACCUCUUCUCAUUGGCACAACAAUGCAUCGACAAGGCUCGAGACCUGCUGGAUGCCGAGCUGACAGCCAUGGCGGGAGAGAGCUACAGCAGAGCCUAUGGGGCUAUGGUGUCAUGUCAGAUGCUGUCAGAGUUAGAGGAAGUGAUCCAGUACAAACUGGUUCCAGAAAGGAGAGACAUCAUCAGGGAGACGUGGUGGGAAAGGCUGCAGGGCUGCCAGCGAAGGGAGGACUGGCAGAGGAUCUUGAUGGUGCGUUCUCUUGUCAUCAACCCCCACGAGGACAUGAGGACCUGGCUGAAGUACGCCAGCCUGUGUGGAAGAGUGGCCGACUGUGCGGUGCUCUUUAACGAGUGGCCGACAGAUGUCCCAAGGGAAGCUCUGGCCCACAAGACUCUGGUGCUGCUCCUGGGAGUGGACCCAUCCAAGCAGCUGGAGCACCCCCUGCCCACGGUCCACCCGCACGUCACCUACGCCUACAUGAAGUACAUGUGGAAGAGUGCUCGCAAGAUCGAUGCAUUCCAGCACAUGCAGCACUUUGUGCAGGCCAUGCAGCAGCAAGCCCAGCACGCCAUCGCACCAGAAGACCAGCAGCACAAGCAGGAGCUGCACAAGCUCAUGGCUAGGUGUUUCUUGAAGCUGGGUGAAUGGCAGCUAAGUCUUCAGGGCAUCAAUGAAAGCACCAUUCCUAAAGUGCUUCAGUACUACAGUCACUCCACCGAGCAUGACCGAAACUGGUACAAGGCCUGGCACGCUUGGGCCGUCAUGAACUUUGAGGCGGUGCUCCACUACAAGCACCAGAACCAGGGCCGCGAUGAGAAGAGAAAGCUCAGGCAUGCCAGCGGGGCCAGCGCCAACAGCGAGGCCAGCAACAGUGACAGCGAGGCAGACAGUACUGACCACAGCCCAGUGCCUUCGCCUGGCCAGAAGAAGGUCAACGAGGAUUUGUCCAAGACUCUCCUGCUCUACACGGUCCCGGCAGUCCAGGGCUUCUUCCGCUCAAUCUCCCUGUCCCGAGGAAACAACUUGCAGGACACGCUGAGAGUUCUGACCUUGUGGUUUGACUAUGGCCACUGGCCUGAAGUGAACGAAGCUCUUGUAGAGGGAAUCAAAACUAUCCAGAUAGAUACUUGGUUACAGGUGAUUCCGCAACUGAUAGCUCGUAUUGAUACUCCUCGUGCACUGGUGGGUCGUCUUAUACACCAGUUGCUGACCGACAUUGGCCGCAACCACCCACAGGCUUUGAUCUACCCAUUGACUGUGGCAUCCAAGUCCACUACUACAGCCCGCCACAACGCUGCCAACAAGAUCCUGAAGAACAUGUGUGAACACUGCAACACGCUGGUGCAGCAGGCCAUCAUGGUGAGUGAGGAGCUGAUCAGGGUAGCCAUCUUGUGGCAUGAGAUGUGGCAUGAGGGUUUGGAGGAGGCUUCGCGACUGUAUUUUGGCGAAAGGAACGUCAAAGGCAUGUUUGCUGUGUUGGAGCCACUUCAUGCAAUGAUGGAGAGAGGACCUCAGACCCUGAAAGAGACCUCCUUCAAUCAGGCAUAUGGGCGUGACCUGAUGGAGGCGCAGGACUGGUGCAGGAAGUACAUGCGCUCGGGUAAUGUGAAGGAUCUGACCCAGGCCUGGGACCUUUACUACCACGUGUUCCGCAGAAUAGCCAAACAGCUGCCACAGCUCACCUCUCUAGAGUUGCAGUACGUCUCUCCGAAGCUGCUGAUGUGUCGUGACCUGGAGCUGGCUGUGCCCGGCACAUAUGACCCCAACCAGCCAAUCAUACGCAUCCAGUCCAUUGCUCCCUCCCUGCAGGUCAUCACCUCCAAACAGAGACCACGCAAGCUCACCAUCAUGGGCAGCAAUGGGCAUGAGUUCAUGUUCCUGCUCAAGGGCCAUGAAGAUCUACGUCAAGAUGAGAGGGUGAUGCAGCUGUUUGGCCUGGUAAACACGCUUCUGGCUAAUGAUCCAGCCUCUCUCCGCAAGAACCUGAGUAUUCAGAGAUAUGCGGUCAUUCCUCUGUCCACGAACUCUGGCCUGAUUGGCUGGGUCCCUCACUGCGACACCCUGCACGCUCUGAUUCGAGACUAUCGCGAGAAGAAGAAGAUACUGCUCAACAUUGAGCACCGCAUCAUGCUGAGAAUGGCGCCAGACUAUGAUCACCUGACUCUUAUGGAGAAAGUGGAGGUGUUUGAGCAUGCAGUGAACAACACGGCCGGGGACGACCUGGCCAAACUUCUGUGGCUCAAGAGUCCCAGUUCAGAGGUGUGGUUUGACAGGAGAACAAACUACACCCGCUCUCUGGCUGUAAUGUCCAUGGUUGGCUACAUCCUAGGACUUGGAGACAGACACCCUUCUAAUCUGAUGCUGGACAGGCUGAGUGGAAAGAUCCUUCACAUUGACUUUGGGGACUGCUUUGAGGUGGCCAUGACCAGGGAGAAAUUCCCAGAGAAAAUCCCCUUCAGGCUGACACGGAUGCUGACCAAUGCCAUGGAGGUGACGGGGUUGGACGGGAACUACCGUAUCACGUGCCACACGGUGAUGGAGGUGCUGCGUGAGCACAGGGAUAGCGUCAUGGCCGUGCUGGAGGCCUUCGUCUACGACCCUUUACUCAACUGGAGGCUCAUGGACACUAACACUAAGGGAACUAAGCGCUCCAGAACAAGAACUGACUCUUACACAGCUGGACAGUCUGUUGAAACAAUGGAAGGUAUUGACCUGGGAGAAACCACACACAAGAAGCCAGGCACCACUGUGCCUGAAUCAAUUCAUUCUUUCAUUGGAGAUGGUCUUGUGCAGCCUGAAGCAUUAAACAAGAAAGCCAUUCAAAUUAUCAACAGGGUGCGAGACAAACUCACUGGACGGGACUUCUCCCAUGAUGAGACCCUGGACGUCCCAACCCAAGUGGAGCUGCUGAUCAAACAAGCCACAUCACACGAGAACCUGUGCCAGUGUUACAUUGGAUGGUGUCCAUUUUGGUAGAGUUUCUCCCAGACCUUGAUUUGCUAUGUUAUUUGCUCACACUCUACCAAUGUUCUACCAAUGCCAUGUUUGAGAUAUGCUAAAAAAAAAAAAAAAAAAAAAAAAAAAAAAAAAAAAAAGGCUUAUAAAAAGAUAAUUGUUGCAUGAAUGACAUUUUAAAUUAUGUCUGACUUUUGUUAAUUUAAUAAUGUAAUACACAUGUUUACAAUGUGAAACUUGAUUGAAAGUUGUUAUUCCUGAGAAAUGUCAGCAUUUCUUUACCAAUAAAUUAAAAAACAA